AUGGCGUCCUCUUCCAAAUCUUUCUUGGCUGAUGCUGGCUAUGGGGAGCAGGAGUUAGACGCUAACUCUGCUCUCAUGGAAUUGGAUAAAGGACUCCGAUCUGGUAAACUGGGGGAGCAAUGUGAAGCUGUUGUUCGUUUCCCCAGACUCUUUCAGAAAUAUCCAUUCCCAAUUCUGAUCAACUCUGCGUUUUUAAAACUAGCUGAUGUUUUCAGAGUUGGAAACAACUUCCUGCGGCUCUGUGUUCUGAAAGUUACUCAGCAGAGUGAAAAGCACUUGGAAAAGAUCCUGAAUGUAGAUGAAUUUGUGAAAAGAGUUUUCUCUGUUAUUCACAGCAACGAUCCCGUCGCUCGAGCCAUCACGCUCAGGAUGUUAGGGAGUAUGGCAUCCAUAAUCCCAGAGAGGAAGAAUGCACAUCACAGUAUUCGCCAGAGCUUGGAUUCACACGACAACGUUGAGGUUGAAGCGGCUAUAUUUGCUGCAGCUAACUUUUCUGCCCAGUCCAAAGAUUUUGCUGGAGGGAUAUGUAACAAAAUCAGUGAAAUGAUUCAAGGUUUAGCCACUCCUGUAGACUUAAAGCUGAAGCUGAUCCCCAUCCUGCAGCACAUGCAUCACGAUGCCCGCUUGGCCUCCAGUGCCCGUCAGCUACUCCAGCAGUUGGUGACUUCCUACCCUUCAACCAAGAUGGUCAUUGUUACUUUGCACACCUUUACCUUGCUGGCUGCAUCUUCUCUGGUUGACAUUCCCAAACAGAUUCAGCUCUUACUGCAGUAUCUGAAGAAUGACCCAAGAGAGGCUGUGAAAAGGCUGGCUAUCCAGGAUCUAAAGUUACUUGCAAAUAAAACCCCACAUACUUGGAGCAAAGAGAAUAUUCAGGCACUUUGUGAAUGUGCUCUUCAAACUCCCUAUGACAGCUUGAAACUAGGCAUGCUGUCUGUACUUUCCACACUGUUGGGGACGAUAGCGAUCAAACAGUAUUUCAGCAUUGCUCCAGGAGGUACAGCUGCUACAGCAAGGUCAUCAGACCUAGUGAAACUAGCUCAAGAGUCCUGUUACCACAAUAACCAGGGUAUUGCAGCUCACGGAGUGCGAGUUCUGACAAAUAUAGCUGCUUCCUGCCAGGAAACAGAUCUUUUGCCAUUGGAGCAAGAUGCAGUCUUUGGCCUUGAAUCCCUCCUUGUUCUUUGUAGUCAAGAUGGCAGUCCAGGUGCUCAAGCGACUUUAAAGAUUGCUCUCACUUGCAUGGUGAAGCUGGCCAAGUGUCGUCCCCAUCUGAGCCAGUCUAUUGUGGAAUCCUUGUUGACACAGCUGCACAGCGCUCAAGAUGCUGCCAGGAUUCUCAUGUGCCAUUGCCUGGCAGCCAUUGCCAUGCAAUUACCUGUCCUAGGAGAUGGAAUGCUGGGAGAUUUGAUGGACCUUUAUAAAGUGAUUGGCCGAUCUGCCUCCGAUAAGCAACAAGAGCUGCUUGUGUCUCUUGCCACUGUGAUAUUUGUUGCCAGUCAAAAGACUUUAUCUUCUGAAGUUAAAACUGUUAUCAAACAACAACUUGAAAAUGUCUCCAAUGGUUGGACAGCUUACAGGAUAGCCAGACAAGCUUCCAGAAUGGGUAAUCAUGGCAUGGCCAGGGAGCUCUACCAAAGUUUGCUGACUCAGGUGGCUUCCGAGCACUUCUACUUCUGGCUGAACAGUCUGAAGGAGUUCUCCCAUGCGGAGCAGUGCCUGACUGGGCUGCAAGAGGACGAUUGCAGCUCAGCACUUUCAUGCAUUGCUGAGUCUCUAAAAUCCUACCACAAAGGAAUAGCAUCGUUAACGGCUGCUAGUACACCGCUGAACCCUUUGAGCUUUCAGUGUGGGUUUGUCAAGCUCCGGAUUGACCUGCUGCAGGCUUUUUCUCAGCUCAUCUGCACUUGCAACAGCCUGAAGACCAGUCCCCCUCCUGCCAUUGCAACCACAAUUGCCAUGACCCCUGGCAGUGAUCUUCAGCGCUGUGGGCGCAUUUCCAACCAGAUGAAACUCUCCAUGGAAGAAUUCAGGAACCUGGCCUCCAGAUACGGAGAUCUCUAUCAGUCAUCUUUUGACGCAGACUCAGCCACUCUGAGGAAUGUGGAACUACAACAACAGAGUUGCUUGUUAAUAUCACAUGCAAUUGAAGCCCUGAUUUUAGAUCCUGAGUCCACAAGCUUUCAGGAAUAUGGCUCUGCUGGUGGGGCACAUGCCACAAGUGAAUAUGAAAGGAGAAUGAUGUCUGUGUUUAGUCAAGUGUUGGAGGAGGUGGAAUCACUUAACAGGAAAUACACACCUGUAUCUUACAUGCACACAGCUUGUCUAUGCAGUGCAGUCAUUGCCUUGCUGAAAGUUCCCUUGUCAUUUCAGAGGUAUUUCUUCCAGAAGCUACAGUCAACUAGCAUUAAGCUUGCCCUGUCACCAUCGCCACGUAACCCUGCAGAGCCCAUCGUAGUUCAGAAUAACCAGCAACUGGCUUUAAAGGUCGAGGGAGUAGUCCAGCAUGGCUCCAAACCAGGCCUUUUCCGCAAGAUUCAGUCCAUCUGUCUAAAUGUAUCUUCAGUACUACAGAGCAAAUCUGGACAGGAGUACAAGAUACCCGUGGACAGCGUGACAAAUGAGAUGGAGCAGAUGGUUGAGCCUCACAACGAUUACUUCAGCACACAUUUCCUCUUGAACUUUGCUGUUGUGGGCACCCACAGCAUCACCGUCGAGUCUUCUGUCAGAGACCUCAAUGGCAUCAUAUGGAAGACCGGGCCCAAAACCACUUUGUUUGUCAAGUCUCUUGAAGAUCCCUAUUCCCAGCAAAUUCGGCUGCAGCAGCAGCAAGGACAGCAGCCGCCGCCGCAGCAACCUCAACAGCCACAGCCACAGCAACGGACUGCGUAUUCACGGUUUUAGCCCUCGGUGCUCUUGACCCUCAGGGGCCUGAGCUAGGCAUUCCUUGGGUGCUGCCAGUUCCCACCUCUGUCCUUAGAAUUUGCCACCGUUGUCUCUUUCAGGGUCACCACAGCAGAUUUUGCCCACCUUUAUUGGCCGCAUUCACACGUGUAAAACACAGCAUGCUUAUGCCCCUGAAAGCAGCAGUUUCGGUGGGGUGGGGGAUAAAGGUGAACACAGUCAUAAGCUGUGCUUGUUUCAGCUUCCUUGGUUAGAUUCAUGUGAGCCUUGUUGCAUAAAAGGGAGGUGGGUGUGAAGAGAAUUGAAUCCAUGCUGUGACAGCUUUCUGAUGGAUUUAUGGCACACCAGCUCAUGUCACUACCAUUUGCCCCAGGUUAAAUGCAGUCUGGCCACCCAGUGAAGCCAUUAGCGUGAGUUCAGCCCUUUCUGUAUUACCCAGUAAUGCAUUACCUUACCCCAAAGAAGGAUCGUGUGAACUGGCUCAUUGUGAAGGCCUGUUGACACUGUGAAUAAAAGAAGCCUAAAAUUACCUCUUUUACCCCCAGCUUGAACAUCAGCAGCAACAGCCUCCCUUUGGAAAGGCAGUGAGUGAGCAAGUCUAUAACAAUGGUAUGUGCUGCAGACCAAAUUGCUCUUCUAGUUGACAGUUCCUGAGGAGAGCAAAUUCCAGUGCUGCACUUGUGCUUUUCAAACCAAUUGGGAUGUGUGUGUGUGUGUCUGUGUGUGUGUGUAAAAUAGUUCAUUCUCAGCCAAGGUAUUGUACAAUGCAUUUACAAAUGUAAAAA